AUGCUUUUCUUCCCGCUCCCAGGAACUUACGCUAUCGUCGAACUUGAUGUAGAGAGAACCCUUCAAACCCUCGACGACCCCAUCGCAAACGCCGCUGGCGCAGAAAUCAAGACGACGAAAUCCAUCGUCUACUUGGACAUGAUACUGCAGCUGCCGUUUCCCGAGGACGAGACAUUCAAGUACAUGGCGUACCUCAUCGGCCCCGGACUGCGCCCUGAGAACCCCAAGCUCUGCAUCACCCCGGACAUGUGCAUCCCCAUCUACCCGAACACCCAGCAUCCCGUAGAAGACCACGAGACGCUCAGGUCGGACCCUCCGUUCCCGUUCGGCAACUGUUACCAUUGGUUCGGGCCAGAUAUGUGGCUCGACCUCCGUAUCGUGAACGAUGGACGCGACUACAGCGCGGAGACGCGUACGAUGCUGCCCCCGGACCAGCACGUGAAGAUGGUCGGUAUACAGGGCCGAGACAUCUGGAGGAGUAUAUGCACACAGAAGGACAGGGACGGCUUGUCUGGCACCGGCGCUGUGCCGCUUAUCACAUUGGAGGCCACGCAGGCGUCUCAACCUCCACAGACGCGAAGCCCGUCACCCGCGCGCUCCGAGCCGGUAUCGAUGUCCCCUGUGGAGCUGCUCCGACACGAUGUGGGCACUUCUGCGCCACAUGGCGGGUCUGACCGUGGUUGCGAGGGCGAACAGCACCAGCAGUGUGAUUGCUGCGGGGCCUACGAGGAGUACUACUCCGUAUCCGCUUCUGAGGACGGCGAAGACGGCGAAGAAGACGCACCACGAUCCUCCGUCUACCCAUCCUCUGAGGGGUCCUUCCACUCGACACGAUCUCUCGACGAGAUCGACAUAUUCGGUCUGGACGGAAACGAUCGGGACGACCUCCUACCGAUCGUCAAGAUUUCCCUUGACCUAGGCGCACACUUCGAGGGCGUAGAAGUCCCUGACCCCAUGGCGUUCAUGCGGCAGCGUGACGAGCUCGUGAAGUAG